GUAAUCGAAAUCGGUUGCCGCGCAGACUCAAUCAGCUGAUCAAGAUCGGCUCCCAAACUGAAUUUUAAGUUUAUCCGAAGGAAGAUGCUGCUUUUCAAUUUAAUCGUGGCAGUUUGCGAGAAUUUCGGCAUCGGCAUUAAGGGGGAUCUGCCAUGGCGCAUCAAAUCAGAGCUGAAGUAUUUUAGUCGCACCACCAAGCGGACAAGUGAUCCCACCAAGCAUAAUGCCGUCGUGAUGGGCAGAAAAACGUAUUUCGGUGUGCCGGAAAGCAAGAGACCUCUACCCGAUCGUCUAAACAUAGUGCUGAGCAGCACGCUCCAGAAGGAGGAUCUGCCCGACGGAGUCCUCCUAUGUUCCAGUCUAGAGGAGGCUAUGAAGCUCCUGGAGGCUAAGGGCGAAGUGGAGAACAUUUGGAUCGUGGGCGGAAGUGGGGUGUAUGCGGAGGCCAUGGCUUCACCAAGAUGUCACAAGCUGUAUAUUACUAAAAUCCAGCAACAGUUCGAGUGCGAUACCUUUUUUCCAGCGAUCCCCGACAGCUUUAAAGAGGUGGCUCCAGACUCUGACAUGCCACUGGGCGUUCAGGAGGAGAAUAACAUCAAGUUUGAGUACAAGGUCUUGGAGAAACAGUCGUAAUAAAGGAAUUCUCUAAUUUA